AUGGAGGAAGAACCAGUGGAGUUGCCCCCAGAAAAUUUGGCAGAUGAAGUGGUAGGACAGAACUUAGGCACUCAAGAUUGGCCAAGAUGGCCAGAGGGAGAUGAGGAGCAGCAACCACAGCAGCAGCAGCAGCCACAACCACCGCCGCAGCCGCCACAGGGAGAAGAUCAGUCUGUGCCUGAUGCGGAUGGAAUCUUCCUUAAACCAGAGGAACCGGAAGAGGGCAAGGAGAAAUGUCCUGCUGCUCCUCGGAUCAGAAUGCAAGUGAUGGAAGCCCAGAACCAGAGCUUGAAAUUGGAGGAAAGGAGCCGCAGUCCCUGCAGAAGCGCCGCCAAAUUUCCGACGCAGCUCACCGAAAGGAUGCCUCGCUCGUGUUCGCAAUGCCGGAAACCUUUCAGCUGCAGCACAAGCCUGAGAUCACAUCAAGGGGCCCACACAGCGAUGCCCUACCAGUGCGAGGAGUGUGGCAAGGUCUUUGCUCACUUAGCCAACCUGAGAGUUCACGAGAGGGGCCACGUGGGGCCGAAGACUUCCAGGUGCCCGGCCUGCAAGAUCAGCUUUGCACGGUCCUUGUCCAACCUCACCGAACAUCGGAGAACUCAGCGGGAUACGUUGGAACAGAAAUAUUUUCCCUGUGUGAAAAUCGAAGGCACCCAGGUGAUGUUUCAGAUCAGGGAGGCAGAGGAGAGGCCACACCAAUGUCCACACUGUGGUGAGAGUUUUGAGGACGAGUCAAGCCUUCGUGAACAUGAGAAAACCCACAGGCGGAGGACCACCUAA